AUCUUCAAAAGAGGCGCUAAUCAAAAUUGUUCCAAACGCUGUCGUUUAGCAAACCUCUUCCACCUUAAACCCAGAAACCUCUCUUUGCUUCAGCAGAAGCUUUCGAUGGCGUGCUUCGUUUCCUUAAGCUUCUCAAUUCCUCCUUGUUCUCUUCCAAACCCACUCAAGGUUAGAUAUCCAAAGAAAUCAGCUUCCUGCAGACUUCCAGGCCUGGGAAUCACCAAAACAGCAUCCUAUUUUCUGGCCCUCUGCAGCUCAAACACAACCAUAUAUUCUGUCAAUGGUGAACAUUAUCUGACUACAAUGUCAAAGCCUUUUGAUGAACUUGUUUCAUGUAAUUUGAAUGCAAGUUCUUCUACCCGUAUCGUUAUAAUGGGUUAUUGGGUAGGACCUGAUGAUGAUGAUGGUUGGGGAUUUGUAGAAGCGUCUAUAUGUCGAUAGGGAUAAUCAAUUCUUUGCAAACUUGCGUGAAUCUGGUGUUUUCCAAUUUUGUUCAUCCUUUUCAGAUACUUUACAGUUUUUAAGGAACAAUAUGUAUAGCUUGGUAGGCAUUGUUUACUACCAAAAGUAAUGAAAUUCUUGACAUAUGUUUUUGUUUUUCAAA